AUGCCGUUGCGGUCGUCGAUGUUUGACCCGAGCGUCUCGGGCCUCGGCAGCUCGCGGCUUACUGUGCAGAUCCCCAUCGACGAGGAGGCCGAGGCCGGCGUGGCCGCGCGUCCCGAGCUGGUCAAGUGUCCGGAGCUGAUGCUCACGGGGCUGGAACUCGAGAAGCGCACCACGCUGCGUAUUCUGCACAAGAAGGGCCGGCGCUUCGAGUCGCCGUGGGAGCCCUACUUCGUCGGCAUCUACGCGCAGACGCUCUUCUACUACGCCAACCUGGGAGAUUGGCCGCGCGCCGUCGUGCCGCUGGUCGACGCCGACGUCACGGCCGUGGACCGCAUAUUCCGUCACGGAGACGCCGCCACGGGAGGUGAUGAUUGUGGCCCGUGCUGGAAGGUCACAUCCUGCAGCGGACGCGUGGUGCUGUUCCGAGCGCCGUCGCAUGAAGCGCGCCUGGAGUGGGUCGAGCAGCUACGGCAAGCGUCUGGGAGGCUUGGAGGAGCGAGAAAGGGCAGCAUGGAUGGCAAGGCGGCGCUCGCACUGGCGAGGAGGCUGUCCAGGUCGUCCAGCUCGGCGUCGUCGACGUCUGUGACGUCCGGUAUAGUUGUGCAAUCGCCGCGAGCGCGCACGGUGUCGCCUCGUGGGGCUCAUUCGAGGAGACGAAAGCUUAACAGUGAGGACGAGGAAUCGUCGGAAUUGCUGAGGAAUGCGUUGUUAAUGGUGGAGCAGCAAAAGAAGGAGAUUGAAGAGCUCCAGAAGCGUUUAGCACAGCUUGAAGGAACGAAAGAAGACGCCCGGGUAGAUACAAGAGAAGAUGAUAUCGAGCGGACAAGCGAAGCGCGCCCAGGUGAGGUGGAUCUGGAUACUAUGCUGGACGACGCUGCGAUCGAGAUGUGCAAGUUGUCUAGCGGCUCGGCAGCAUUGGACGUGCUGUCAGAGGACGAAGACACUCCUGAAAGCGAAGGGGAGGAGGAGUAUGUUGACCAGGGUGAUGGCCACCGCGAAAGAAGGCGGGGAACGCUCCAGAACCUGAGUCUAGUGGACGAGUCGACUGAGCGGGACGAUCAAGUUGCAAAAUCGGAUGAAGUGGAAGCAAAUGAUUCCAUUCAACAGCAGGCAGCGGAGCUGGCAGAGAUGGCGCGCAGCCUGAACAAAGAUGAUCUCACGGAUUCAUCGUCAACGCGUGAGAGCAGCGAGGAUGGCUCCCUUACCUCGAGCUUCCAGGGGUCGCACAGUGGUGGGGGUAUAUUCGACUCGGGUGGCAGUGCUGGGAAUGACUUUUUGCAGCAGCAGGCGAUGGAGCUUGCCGAAAUCGCACGCAAUUUGCAGUCAUCACUCCGAGCUGAUAUCAGGCCUGCGAAGGUCCCGCUCAAGACAACUUCAAGCUCCUCGUCGCUGCUUGAAUCUCAAUCAUCCUUUUCAGACGUCACAGAAUUUGCACUGAGCCAGAUCAACUCCAACGACAGCAACGAAAGCAUCUUCUCCAUCACGCAAGAUGACCUUUUCUACGAUGAUGACGACGAGGGCGAGAUCGAGCGCCUGUCAGAGUUUGAAGCGUCGGACAGUCAAUUCUUGGAGGCAAGUGGGUUCCUUGACUCCAUCCACCAGGUUAUGAAGGACUUUAUUGUGUCUUCUCAGCCGGAUAAGUCACGCCAGCCAGACCAGGUAGUCAUCAGCGAUGAAAUUAUCGCUGAGAUUCGUCAAGGAAUUGACGGUGAACCAUCGAAGGAAGAGGACGAGUCGGAGGAGGCUGAAAGGCAGCGUUCUGCUAGGUCGGGUUCGCCCUCAACGGGUUCGUCUACCGGAACAAGCCCAAGGAUACGCAGUCUCUUCUCGCAUGCAAGGUCGGCACGCGAUUUCUUCAGUGGAGACUUCGAAGUUCCAGUUCGACCUCCUUCGCCACAAACACCGAAAGACCUCCCGUCACUCGUGGUUGAAGAUACCAUGUCAGUCGUGGCUUCUAUUCUUCAAAGUGCUGGGCGGGAAGACAAAAUGCUUCUGCUUGCCCCUUUCCUUCGGGUAUUCGGGAGUCGCAACCGCCUCAGCAACCUUAUUCGUUGGGCAAUCGAAAUUGAGGUCGCCUCGGUCAUCAACGUGGCUACUCUAUUCCGGUCGGAUGACUAUGCGAGUCGGCUCGUGUCCACAUACAGCAAAGCCAUUGGAUCCAAGUUUAUUCGCGUGGCUCUCUCGGAUCCCAUCCGCCAGAUAUUUAAAUUGAAGAUUGCCGAUAUGGAGCUAAACCCACACAAGGAAGAGUCACUUCAGAACGAGGACCAAGCGGACGCUAAUGCGGCCAACCUGAUGCGGACAUGCCAGAACAUCAUCGACUCGAUCAUGAAAAACGCAAACUACAUUCCGUCGUCUUAUUUCCAUAUCUGCUCGCACUUGAACUCAAAGGUUAUCAGUCGUUUUGAUGGCUCUAAAGAAGGGGUCCAGGGAGAGGAUGCGUCUACUCUGACACGGUCUGUGAUCGGAGGUUUCCUCUUCCUUCGGUUUGUGUGCCCAGCCAUCACCACCCCGCAUUUAUACGGUCUCACGAAGCAGCUACCUCCACCAGAAACCCGACGUGUACUUGUACUCGUCACUAAGUUGCUGUUCAAGACAGCGACUGGUGUGAAGUUUGGAGACCGGGAGCCGGAUUUCAAGGUGCUUAAUCCUUUCAUCGAGAAGAAUUCGCCAGCAAUUCAGCAGCUCUUCGCCAACUUGGCCAUGUCACCAAGUCAAGAUAUUGACGAGUGCUUCGCUUCCGAUAGUCGCAAAAUCUAUUCCCACGUGUCUUCGUCGCAGCUGGGCGACGACUUGGAGGUGAUUCGGUCCGUCUCGGAAAAGAACUUGGGCGAGAUUGAGAAGAAACUCGUUGAAUGCGGCUGCGCCUCAGAAGUAACAGAAAACUUCAAGACUGCGGUGCUGAACAGCGUGGACCCGCUGCAGAAAACUUCGUUGUCGAAAAAGCUGAGCGCGAACAUGAAAUUCCUCAGUGGUUUCGGCAAGAAGCCCAGGAAGCAAUCCGACGUCUGA